CCGCUGCUCCCACCAGCACAGUGGCUGUUUAAUGAAGACUGGCGCGAGACAGAGGGAGGCGGACAUGAGAGCAUGAGCUGGUGGUAUUAAUGUAAAAAUCAUUAUUGCGGCUGACAUUGUCAUGUGAUACCUUGAAGAGGAUUUAGAUUAGAACGGUGGAAGAGCAGAGAGGGUCCGCUACAGAGGCUACGUUUCCUGAACGCACGCGCACUUCCAUCCAGCCGUCGCGAGGAUGUGAGGAGUGUUGGCGGCGGAGGUCUGAAGGUGUGGCGGUCGCCUCUGUCGCUCAGCUGUCACCUCUGCUGUCACCCUCCUCCAGCUUGUGUGUGUAUGUGUGUCGGUGUGUGAGGGAGGAAGACACUACGAGAGAGCGAGGGAGCGCGCGAGCUAAAGAGAGAGAGAGCGAGAAGUUUCCUCUGCUUUUGGCGCACGUUCUCGUUCCGUUCACUUCACACGAUGGCACGCCUGUGUCCGCGUGCUGUGCUGUUGCGUUCGGAGCCCCGCUGCUUUCAAGGAAACUGAGGCAUCCACAGAAGUGUCACCAUGGCAGAAUUUGGGGAGAACAAAAGCUCCGUAGGCACACCGGUUGCUGGCUGGAGAGCCGCUUCAGGAGGAGCCGGAACGAGGCUGGAGACGCACCGAGGAGAGCCGGUGUCAAACGGAAACUGCAGCGUGCCAGACACCGUGAAGAGGGUCCAAAACGAGUCCAGCUGUGAGUCCCCGCCGUGGGACAGCGCGAGCUCCGAUUCAGGAUCCAAGACAAUCCCUCGACGCAGCAGUCUGAUCAAGGAUGGGUCACGUGCCAGUCGGGACAGGAAGAAGACGGUGUCCUUCAGCAGCAGCCUGUCAGAGAAGAAGAUCAGCAGCGCGGCAGACUGCAUCCACUCCAUGGUUGAGGGGAGUGAGCUGAAGAAAGUCAGAACAAACUCUCGUGUUUACCAGCGUUACUACCUGCUGGACACCGGCCUGCAGGCUCUCUGCUGGGAGCCAUCCAAGAAGGAGUCAGACAAAGCUCGGAUCUCCCUAGCCUCUGUGAGAGAGGUACGGACAGGUCGUAACACAGAAACCUUCCGCACCAGUGGAGUUUAUGAGCAGAUUUCAGAGGACUGUGCAUUCUCCAUCAUCUAUGGGGAGAUGUAUGAGAGCUUGGACCUGGUGGCCUACUCUGCAGAAGUGGCGAACAUUUGGGUGACUGGCCUGAGGUAUCUGAUGCAGUAUGGGAAACACGCCCUCGACAUGCUCGCCAGCAGUCAGGACAGUCUUCGUCUUGUGUGGCUGGAGCAGUUGUUCUCCUCUGCUGCUGAUUCGGCCAGACAGGAGGACACAGAGGAGGGGAUUCGCUUGCAGUCAGCCAUUAAGCUGAUCCAGACUGUGAACCCUGGAGUGAGCAGCAGCAAAGUGGAGCACAGGUUUAGAGAACUUCAAAGACUUAGAGAGAAAACGUGUGGGCUGCACAUCGAUAAUGGAUCUGGAGUCAAAGAACAUGCUGAAAACAAGAGUCUAACAGGAAAGAAUGAACGUGUCACCAAGCCGGAGUUCAUUGAGGUCUUCCACGACUUUUGCACACGUCCAGAGAUCUACUUUCUGCUGGUGCAGUUCUCCAGUAACAAGGAGUUCCUGGACACCAAAGACCUGAUGAGGUUCCUUGAGGCUGAGCAGGGCAUGACUCACGUGAGUGAGGAGACCAGCCUGAAGCUCAUCCAGUCCCACGAGCCAUCAGAGGAGGGCCGGCGGCAGGGCUACCUGUCGCUGGACGGCUUCACCAGCUACCUCACUUCAGCGGAGUGCCAGCUCUUCGACAGGGAGCAUGACACGGUGUGCCAGGACAUGACCCAGCCUUUAUCCCACUACUAUAUCAACUCCUCCCACAACACCUACCUCAUCGAGGACCAGUUUCGUGGUCCAUCUGACAUCUCGGGGUACAUCCGCGCCCUCAGGAUGGGCUGUCGAUGUGUGGAGGUGGAUGUUUGGGACGGCCCUGAUGGGGAGCCUAUUGUGUGUGCAGGACACACGCUCUCUCCACCGCUUGUCCUGCGUUGUGUGCUAGAGGCGAUUGGAAAGUUUGCAUUUGUGGCAUCAGAUUAUCCUUUAAUUGUAUGUAUCGAGAAUCACUGCUCACUUCAACAGCAAAGAGUGAUGUGGCAGCAUCUGGUGAGGAUAUUUGGGGAGAGAUUAUACUCCCAUCCUCCAGACAAAGGGGCAUCUUACCUGCCAUCACCGCUUGACUUACAGCAUCGGAUUCUUCUAAAGGGUAAAAAGUUGGGUCCAGGUCCUGAUGGGCAGGAUGGGGAGGUAAGUGAAGAAGACGAAGGGGCAGAAAUGUGUCAAAGGAUGAAAGCAUCCAACAGUGGAGGGGCAACACCAGGAGCUAAUGAGAAGGAGACCGUGCAGAAAAAUGUCCCUUUAACACCGGUCAUUCAAUCUAAUCCUGUCCCUCCUCAGCCCAAACGUCUCCUACUCCUGAAGGAACUCUCUGAUCUCAUAACCCUUUGCUGCUCAGUCAGCUUCAUUGACUUUCAAACGUCAUCCCAAAGCCAAAAACCUUGGGAACUGUGUUCCUUUCAUGAGUCUCUGGCUGUGCGUCUUGCUGGCGAAAGCCCAGGCGACUUUGUCAAUCACAACAAGCACUUUUUGUCACGAGUGCACCCCAGCCCCAUGCGUAUUGACUCGAGCAACAUGAACCCUCAGGACCUGUGGAAGUGCGGAUGUCAGAUUGUGUCGAUGAAUUUUCAGACAGCAGGGCUGAUGAUGGACCUGAACACCGCCUGGUUCAGGCAGAAUGGCAGCUGUGGUUACGUUCUGCGGCCAGCCAUCAUGCGACAGGAGGUGUCAUAUUUCAGCGCAGACACCAGAGACACGGUGCCUGGUGUGUCUCCGCAGCUGCUCCAUGUCAAGGUAAUAAGUGGUCAAAACCUGCCAAAGCCGAGGGGUUCAGGGGCCAAAGGAGAUGUAGUGGACCCCUAUGUGUAUGUUGAGAUUCAUGGCAUCCCCGCUGACUGCACUGAGCGCCGCACCAGGACGGUGACCCAAAAUGGAGACAACCCGAUCUUUGACGAGAGCUUUGAGUUCCAGAUCAACCUCCCUGAGCUUGCCAUGGUUCGCUUUGUGGUGCUGGAUGAUGACUUUAUUGGGGAUGAGUUCAUCGGCCAGUACACCAUUCCUCUGGAGUGUCUCCAGCCAGGAUACAGACACGUACCCCUCCAGUCUCUGACAGGGGAGGAUCUUAUCCACGCCAAGCUGUUUGUCCAUGUGGCCAUAACCAAUCGGAGAGGAGGGGGAAAGCCUCACAAAAGGGGUCUAUCAGUGCGGAAAGCUCGCAAGGGGAGGGACUACCCCGCUCUGAGGGAUUUGGGGGUCCGGGCUGUGGAUGAGGUUUUUAAGAUGGCUGCUCCAUUGCUGAGAGAGGCCACUGACCUGAAGGAAAACAUGCAGAACUCGGUCGCAGUGUUCAGGGAGCUGUGCGGGGUGUCAGCGGUAGCUAACCUCAUGCAAUGCGUCCUCGCUCUGGGCUCCAGGGUGUCAGGGCCUGACGGUGCGCCGCUACUGCUGUUUGAUCUCCGGGAUCACUACCCAAGCCUGGAACCCCAAGGACCCCUACCAGAUGUCCUUCGGCGGGUCGUCUCCACCUAUGAAAUGAUGGUCCAGGCGAGCAGAGCGGUAAUCGAGCUCUCCGAUGGAAUCUACGACCGGAUCCUGCAUGUGCAAACAAUGGCCAUGGAGUCUCAUGAGAAGCUGCAGAGUCUGGCAGCGCGGGAGGGGCUGAAGGGUCGUAAGGUCAGCCGAGCUCUGGAGAGUUUCAGCUGGAACAUCACUAUCCUGAAGGGUCAGGCCGACUUGCUGAAGCACGCCAAAGCCGAGGUACAGGAGAACAUGAAGCAGGUCCACGAUGCUGCUCUGACGGGAAACCUCACCAAGGAGAGCGUUGGAGUGAGACGAGUGCGCUCGCAAACACGCCGAGGACACGAGGACAAACCCAAUGUGACGAGUUCUCGGGGACCGUCUGCAUAGUGAGAUAAAAAACAUAACGGAGGACCAAACUGCCAUCGUAGCUGCUGUGACAAACACUUCUCCUGUUGAAUGCCUUUGUGAUCAUUUGGAAAAGCUAAAGAAAGAAGUGCAUUUUCACGAGAGACUAAGAAAAGAGUGGAUGAAUGUAAGCAGAUGUCACGGAAAGAAGAUAAAAGACACUGGAGGGAUGAAUGUAGUUAAAGCCAAGGUUCAGUUUGUACUGUAUUAAACUGUAAAUAACAUUGAAGUCUAUUGCUUAUUCUUAUGUGCAAUUUGUUCUGAAAAAGUGAGGAAAUUGUGUCCGUUUUCAGGUGCAGUGUGGGACUCAACUCUCCUUAAGCCUUUUGGAACUUUUGAAAAAAACUGCCACCUCCAUGUGUUAGUGAUUAUCUAGCAAUAUCAGUGAGGAUUCCAAAUCAGGAUUGGGUGAAGGUACCUGUGCAUCUCAAAAAAUAGAAUAGUAUGUAGGAAAUGUUUCCUGUAAUUUACUUCUGAAACUCACAUUGCCAUUAAGAUUCAUCUCAUACAAAGUGAAACAUUUCAAGAUUUUUUUAUGGCUUAUAGCUCAUGAAAAUCAAAAAUCCACAUCUCAAAAUAUUAGAAUAUUGUGGAAAUGGCCAAUUUGCACAAGUCAGUAGUCAUUAUUAGAGACCUUCAUGCUUCCAUCUGCUGAAAAGCUUUCUAGAGAUUCUGAUAUUCUUUUCCAGCAGGACUUGGCACCUUCCCACAUUGAAGCCAGAACUACCAGAAACUGGCUUGCUGACCGUGGUGUUACUGUUUUGAUUGGCCAGCCAACUGGUCUGACCUGAACCCCGUAGAGAA